AUUUUCAUGUGAAUGCUUAUAACAUGGAUUAAAAACGCAGCGCGUCUGCUAUCACAAGAUGGCGACUCCCAUAAGGAGACGGUUUUUGCAAACUUCGGUGAAUACAACUACCUGUGAUUUUCGGAAGUCAUUCUGAGUCAGAUGGAAUUCGACGAAACAACUGUUAAAUCCUUAUUGCAGCACCCUGAUGAAGAGGUGUGCGUGGUAACCUGCAUAGGGAAGGCUCGCAUUGAUGGUUCGUGCUCUAACCUUGCCAGUGAUUCUAGGUUCUACUACGACAUCGCCAACCGGACCAUUUACCUUUCAUGUGAACUUUCAAUUAAAGCGAUGCCAUUCCUUCACGUGAGCCAUGUGCUGGUUUUUAUAUCCGAUAGUAGUCAACUUGACGUUCAAUACCUGCAAUGGUUUCGCCGGUUGGAUGCUGUCCGUCUCAAGAACAAAGAUCAGCUUCAAAAGAAAUUCGAUCGUCCUUCCGGCAGAUACUGCUCACCUAGAGCCCUCUUCGUACUUAGAAAACCACUGGAAGAUGCCAAAGGUUUCGAAUUUAACAUGGAGGACCUCAUUUACAGAACGCUUCGACGCAGUAGGAUAGUCACAAAUAAUUGCGGCAAUUCGCUAUUUGCCGUACCCAUGAGCCGCACCUUUGUGCAUGUUGGUCAUGAGCACUGUAUGGAGUUCAUCGAAGGGCAUACGCGACUGGCUUUUAAGCAAGGCUUCAACGACAAUGUGGGACGAAACGCCGGCGUGGCGUACUUCCGGCUUGCUCAGCUCCACCGCUGGGUUGAUGUAUUUGAAAAAAUGGUCCAUUUUUUCCGCAACGUGAAUGAGAUUGACAUUGAUGCAAAGUUCAGCGAAGUACGAUGUUCGAAGGCGUAUCCAGUUGCUUUACAGGCAUACCAUGACAACCUACCGCCAUACUACGAUGAAUUUGUACAUCAGGCGAAAGUUGCCUACGCAUUAAAGGUAUUUCGUGCAAAGGCGAAGGGACCCACUGUUCAGCGUCUGGCGGAAGAGCUGCGCAGGGAAUGUGAGGAGUUUUGGAAAAGCGGACACGAGACCUGUAAGGAAAAAAGUUUGACAGGACACGGAUGUGGAAAGCCUAUUCAUGCAACUGGAGAACAUCUCGCGCGCGUUCAGUUUCUCUCGGUGUGCAACUGUGGCCGUUCGCGGCACGUUCGAAUGGAUCCUUUUUCCUUGAUCCAUGCCAAUUUCAGCUUUUAUGAACGGCCCGAUUGUUGCGCAGACCUUACACCUGUGAUUUUUGCUUCAAAAGACGAUUCAGAGGCUGAUAUGACUUGCAGUGAGACGCCUAUUCCGCCAAAAUUCCCAUCGUGGAGCUGCGUCUGUUUAGGUCCAUCCUCAAGAUAUUCACACAAGGUGGGUAUUACUGACCAACAAGGGUUUUUCUCUGGUAGCAACUUCUUACUGCCUUGGGAUGUCAAGCUUGAUUUUCCUCGUCUACUUAGCUCGGGUGACUCACGGAAAAGUAGUACACGAAGUACAAAAAUUUUCAUAGGAUUGGAGUACGAAUGCCCCAAAGGUGAUCGCUUUAUGCUGUCUGCGCCCGACACCAUGCUUAGAUCAUCAUCUUGCGGCUUGGUCAAGGAGACCGCUAGCAAGAUCGUGGGAUCAGCGAUGCCGUUGUACUUUCCAUGCCCUUGCGCACUGAAGGCGCAUGCGCAGCUUAUGCGGUUACACGUGGUUACUCCGAAGUUAGCCGUUGAUGUGACUGUUCAGCCGAGGGUUCAACCGGCCCCGUCGAGCCCUGUCUUUUACCCCCUUGAAGCAAUCACUCUCACUCAAAGCUCGUAUUGGGUGAUUCGCCUACCAUACGUAUACAAGAAUAAAGGUGUUGUGUAUCGGCCACCAGAUGGUACCCCAUGGGGUGUGGAAUCGGCCAGACUUCUCGGAGGUACGUUUAGCGUUGCUACCGGGAGACCGUCGUGAGCGCGGCUCGGAGUAGACGAUGAUGAAAAUAACUUCGAUAUGUGACAUCUUAGCCGAUAAAGAGCGAUGCUCAUUAGCGUCGAUCUGAAGGCAAUCUAAUAAGAUGUUUGUCCUUAAUGACUUGGAGCCGUCCUACUGCGUGGCUAAGCAGUAUAGACAUGCGCAUCACUACAAUUUGCUGUUUCAGUCAGCAAAUUUCCAGUGAACGGUACGGUCAAGAUCUAGCACAGUACCAAACAAACCACAAGCACGCAAUGCAUCCCUAAAAGACAGGCGGAGAAUGUCGUUGUUAAUAUAAACCUUAGCGAUUAAAGCUGGCAAAGCGUUAGUAAGACUGACUCAGCUUCUUGGCCCCGUGGUAAAAGCCUUUUAACAUCCGAAGCAGUUUUUUUGUUUGACUAUACUGCGGUCGAUUGAAAUGACAUUUAGUGGGUGCAUUGGGCGCAUAUUAUAUGUACAAAAUUAUUUUGUUCUCCGGGCCUUUACAGUCAAGACAAUGUAAAGAAAUCGGUAUCUUUUAAAGAUGAGUACGUCUCUAGAAAAUGAAAAAAAGCUGUAUCUUUUUUUAUUUCUGAACUGGAUUCAAAUAUGUUGGGUUUAAGUAAUUCAUCUGAAAACGACGUCACAAUAAACGAUGUGUAUGCUAAUGAAAUAAUUAGCAGUAAUGUUUGCUAUUGGCAUGAAAUCCCCUAUUAAAUAUGCGAACAUGAAGCGGAAGGAUAAAGCAGGGUGUUAGAUGUAGUCCAACAAGCACUGAUACAAAUAAUACAUGAAUGUCAAGGUUCUCCCAUUACUUCUUCCGCGCAAAACCCGUCAACAACUCUUAAGCAUUACUAUUAGUACUGUUUUUAUUGUAGAUGAAGCCAAACUAUCUGUACAAAGAAGUUAGCGUAAUUGUUGAAAUGCACUAUUUGAAAUACGUUCAAAUAGAGCGAACUUUAAGAACACUCACAAUGCAGCCGUUUUCUAAAUUAAAUUUUAUGCUGCUCAGUUUAUCCUCCCCUUGAUAUUACUUUAAAGACCAGUUCUCUAACAGACCUUGAUAUGCUGAGUUCCCGGUACUUUUUUUAGCGCGUCGUCUCAACCAUAUAACAACAUAACCGCCAGGCAAGGUAGAGCCUUUUGCUGAAGUUCUUGUAAUAUGAUUUUUUAGACGUGUAAAACACGUAGCAAUGACGAGCUACUCGUGAUAUCAGAGUGUCAGCUGGUUCAGGAUAAGCCUAAAUUCACCACCUGUUUCUAAACAUAUUUAUAAUACGAUUCUAUCGACUUCUUUUCAACAAGUUUUGGGCAGGCCUUCAGAUUAUUGACGAGGAUUAGCACUGAUCUUAGGUGCUUAGAUGCUUAUAGUGGUUUAACUGUUCCGCACUUUUAUACUCAAUGUGCAACGAUUAUAUUCAAUAUGUCGUUCUAAAAGCAUUUAUAGAACUUAAUACUUUAUUUUUGUCCUUUUUCUGCUAUGUACCGUAAGGCAUUCCGGCAUCUCCAAAUAGUCGAAUUUUACUACCUUUUUACAUUAAUAGAUAGAAAAUGAAUAAGUCAUGUCAUUAGUAAAAAGCGUUUUGGCAUAUAUAUGGGGCAGUAAAUUGGAUUCGACAACUCGUUUAGCGAGGCUGGAAAAUCUAGGAAGCAGAGGUGCAAUAUAGGGUGCUUAAGAAGUUCCCAGCAAAUUUAAUAUUUCUCUUUGUGGAUCCGUAAACAGGCCGGUAGACCGUCCAGCGAUAAAUACAAUAGCGUUUGCUAUUAUAUUAUUCCAAACAGUCGAUUGGAAAAGCGUUUGUUUUUCAUGAAAAGUGCUUCAGAGAAAAAUAAUUUAACUGUAGAACUAAGGAUUCCAUUACAGGGACACUCCAUGAACGACUAUGGCUCAUUUUUGCCUGAACCGCUAUGUAAAUAAACAAAAUGAUCGCCUCUCGACUCAAAGAACACUAUAAAAUAAGUGUUGAAUAACCACUUAGGGUCACUACUUGUUGUCGCUUGUAGAGCAAAGAUGUCGCUGCUUUUUUUUUUUACUGGAAGUGACAGUAGAACAGCAACAAUAGCCGAUGGCGAUAUGGGGCAACCAUACAGAGUAGGAAACUCUGCGUAAAAUCAUGCUCCUAGGCCGACAUACGUCGCUACACUGCAGUGACGUGACGUGGCUGCCCAGGUCGUAUGAUUUGCUGGUGGUCCAUGAAAACAAUCCACGGUUUUCAAUCUAAAGUAAAAAUCAAACAUUAAUCACGAUGUCAAGUCACAUAAUUUUUCUUUAUUUACACACUAUUUACAUGAUAUCUAUAUCUCAAUCCACGCUUGUUGAGUUACACCUCGUUGAAUAGAGCUAAUCAAUUGGAGAUUAACAGUAAGCAUCUACUAUAUUGUAAUAAUCGUGUCAUUAUAAAUGCGCCAUGGCGUUAACUUCUAUUCUCAUCGCCAUCACAACACACACCCACACAUGUGCUUAUUGUUACAAGCAACAUCGACUUCAGGCUCGGCGUCAUUAUUACGUAACAGCCGUCGUUGUGAUCACACACCAGUCCCCGAUCCCCAAUUGUUAAUAUUGUUAUUCUUAUUACAUGUUGCAUGCUAAAUACAAUAUAUCGUCGCCGUCCUCUCCAUUAUAUCAUUCUUUUUCCUCACCGAGUGAUUCUCAUUCGCAAAAUAAAAUAGCAUCUAACCCAUCAUCCUCGCCUCUUAUGUUGGGCUUGACGUGUACCACAUCCAUCUAACAUUUCGAAAAUGAAGGAACAAUACCAACGACCUUCUGUGAUACUUACUAUUGGUAUAUCACCGCAUCCGCUCCUUCCUAACCAAUCUAUUUAAUCUAACUCUCACUCAAUUUAAUUCAGUUACAAUAAUGUCCUUUGUUCGCCAUCGAUUUGCUGGGUCUUUUUCGUCCUAUAAUUGAAUAACUUUGGCCUUCAUCACCGUCAAUCAUCAGCAUGGUCAUCGAUCAUUUUGCUUUUCGGUUAUGCGUUAUAGUAUGUAUCAUGUAUUUUAUUUUCAUAAUCAUAUAACACAAGAUGCUUUCGAGAACCAAUCACUGCGUGUUAGGUGUGGUGGUCAAGACUAAUCAACAAACCACUUAUCAAGUCGAUUGUGAUACACCAGAAGCGCCUCAUAUUGGAUAACAGGUGAAAUGGCGAGUUGACCCCGCGCGUUAUCUGACCAAAUAUACGUUAAGGAAACAUUUUAUCCCAUUAGGACUGCAGAUUUGACUUCGUUGUGACACACCCGUAUGGCAGGGUGAUAAAGCCUUAUAGUGCGGGGCCACUGAAGUAUGCUGUGUACUUCAGCUACUACUACGUAACAUAAAAAAUUACUUCUCUCAUGAAAUUGCUGUAAUAACGGCGAAAUGAAUUUGUCCUUGCAUAGUUACUUACCAUCAUACAUCGAAAAUAAAAACUAAAAGGCAUUUUGUGGGCACAUAUUAAGCUGACGAGUUGGAUUCGUUGAAAUGACGAGUCGAAUUUUUGAAGUUAAUUCCAGAUUUCUCACGGCAGCCUACGUGUCAGCCGUUAAGUUCUCUUUAGGAGAUGGUUGAAGACAACUACGAAAUGACGAGCCAAAGGACAAUGAUAUUAUUACAAUUUUUAUAUUUCAUGCACACCUUUAUACAUUAUCAAAUAAAUAUUUGGACACGCUUUGCACACUUCACUGGAAUUCAGAACUUACCAUCCAGUCCACCAAGUCUCCCAUUUCGAGUCUUUCAAUAAAUUUGAUGGGGUAAAUCUUGUAACUAACGAUUAUAAUAUAGCUUUUUCGUACAGGUCUCAAAUUAUGUCAUGUGCAACUAUGGCUAUGGAUAAACCCGAUGGCUGUCGUUGUCCAAACAACAUGCGAACAGAAUGAAUCAUACCAUAAUAUGGAACUAAACGUUUGUUUUAUAUACUAGCUGGAAAUCAACCAGCUGAAAUCGGUACUAAAAUUGCUAUCGUGUGUGAGAAAUGUUAUGUGGUACUGAAGAGCAAUUACCGACAUUACCAUGUUCAUUAUUAUUACUAAAAUGACGUUGUGUAUUUCCUCUUUGAGGAAAACGAGCAAUCUCGCUGUUUUUUUUUUUUUUCGUAUGUACGUCCGCCACUCGCGCUUCAUUACUCUUGUAGUCAGUAAGCAUGAUAUCAUGAGGCUUACGGUUACCACUUCGUGGCUAUAUUAGAGCCAGUUUAUAAACAGAUAGUGACUGAUUCCGAAUGUAGCAACAACACCAUUUUGUCAAGUAUUAAUUGCCUUCAUGAUGAUAACAUUAAUUUAAGCCAUUAGAAACACUACCAAUGAUUUUCCGCUGCGUACCACCUUUCCUCGUGCGCUUUCUAGCAAUGAGAUUAAUCACCGUUAGUAGAAGAAGACUAGAACCAGACUGCUCCAGAUUUAAUAUGCUUCCCUUUUCAACGGUUCUUUUAACAGUAUUUUCGUAACCGAGCUUAAAUCUGACUUUUAGUUAGAUCAUGAAAAAAAUCGAUUGACACUUAAUACUAAACCUACUCACGCGUCUUUUAUAUCUAAUGUUACCAUGCCAGGUCAAAAUGAACAAUCCUUGAAAAGAGUUAUUACUUUCACAACUAAACGUAGAUUCUCAAUGGUGUAAAGUUUUAUGGCAGCGUACUAACUUUUAGAUAUGUAAACUGGAAAAAAAAAUGGCAAACCGUUAAACUGAUCGGUAGUGGUAGGUUCAGUACUAAAAAAACACUGUUGGAAAUUAUUUUGCCGUUCUCGUUUGGUGACACCUGCUUAAUUAAAAUUCGUGGCUAAUUUCAACUGCAUGUCAUAGAUAAAAUAAUCAAAAUAUCAAGCACAUCGAGUAGCUAGAACACGUGCAUGGUGCACAACCUAAAUAUUUGAUUAUGAAAAUCUGCUCUUUGUAGCUUCUAUCAAUGGGCAUUCUUAUCUAUUUUCAUGACACAAAGUCAGUCGCACGACUUUGCUCUUACUUUCUCAGCCAUUUUCGAUUUGUGUUAGCAUAGAGGGCGCUCAAUAUCACGUAUGAAUACGUAAAUAGUGAGCGCGGUUUCUAGUAAUUUCCUCGUCUACCGAGUUGCUGUAUCAAUGUCGUUUCAGUUACUCUGCGGCCCAGUGAUUCACUGGCCAUUUGCCUAUGAAAGAAAACUGAUAAUGUUUGUAGAAUAUAAAGAGUACCAUGAGCGGCAUGAAUGGAUAACUUAUGUGAGCAGUUCUCCUCAUUCCUUCCUAAGCUUAAUGAUUUUAACCCUCUUUAGCCUCUCCCUCAAUCACACCAUUGUCGGGCAGUCUUUUCUUCCCGGGUAUACAUAUAUAUAUAUAUAUUCUCGUUCUAGGCUCUGAUACUUUUUCAGAGACCCCGAGACCUAAGGUUUCACUUGUGCUAGCCCGGUAUAUGUCUAUAUAUGUCUGCCCAACUAAUAAUAAUACAUAGUUGUACUAUCUAAAGCAAUCAGUUUGCUCCACGGCUCCUCACAAAAGUAUUACGGUUGUAUGUACAAUGCGUUCUAAUCAACAAAACGAUUCACUGCAAAAAAUCGAUACAUUUUGCUACGAGGCACAACGACUAUAUUUUUGUUUUUUCGUUACGAUAAUUUAACUGUAAAAAUAAAAACGACUUACAGCCGAGUGGCUAGAAAUAAAGGAUGAUCAAUGUCAAAAUAUAAUAACUAGGCGGAUCGAAACUCACCUUGGACACAACAUAAAGAGAACGAACUGUAGUUCAUAAACCGAAUAAGCUGAGCAUGUCUGCCUUCUCGGCGAUCUUCACAUGUACAGGCGGUCUAAACUGUCUCGCCUGACUUGUGUUCAACGUGAUCAAAAUAAGGUGCCACUGCGUAAAUUCACCAACUUCUAAUUAAAUUUUCCCACACAUUUCACAUGUUCGCUUCAGAACAAAGGUAUUUUUACCUCAAUUAUUCAGUGUGGGUUCCACACCAUGAGUUGCCUAUGACCUAUUUCUAUGAACCCAUUGCGGAUAUUUAGCAAAGACAAGGCAAGUAGCUUAGGAGUGCUUUACCACGAGUUCGCAUAAUGACGGUCUUCGUUCAGUAAAUCUAAAGGAUUCGUCCACAUUAGACACCAUCAGAAUAACAAUCAAAGCUAGAUGUACUUAACGGGAUGGCGUCUAGUCACCUUACAAGGUUUACUGUUACUGUUUUUGCAGCAUUAAGAAUUCGACAAGUUCCGAUGUGAUAAGCUUGUAGCAGUGUCAAGCUACUAACAUAAUAAUGCCAAGGGAGAAAAGACACCGGCAACGUGCGUGAGAUCUAAAAAUCGUUAUUGUUAUAUCCAACCCGCUCCAUUGAGUGUCACUCGGUGCUCGUAAACUUGCGGAACUUUCUGGGAGCACGGUUCCGAAGUAUAACACAAUCGCAUCGCAUUAUUGUAUAUAUCCUUUGUUUCUAUCAUACAUCGAUAAGAGCCCACGGCGUAUACAGCCCGGUUCACUCGACCUAAACCCCAGCUCCUCCUUCGACAUACCUUGCCACAUUUACAGACAGAUUUUUCUCCCGCUUACUUUUCCUUAUUCCGUAUAGAAACGUGUAUACGUUCUGUAAAUACCGCGCCCAGCCACGUUGGCCAUACCGUGUCUCUUCGUUGCUCUACAGUAAUAUAAGUCUGCUCUUCCUCGCUUCAUUU